AUGAGAAUUGCUGUGGAAGGUUGUGCUCAUGGAGAGCUAGAAAUUAUUUAUGACAUUCUGAUGGACACAGAAAAAAGUACUGGCAAAAAAGUAGAUUUAUUGGUUUGUUGUGGAGAAAAAACUGCUCCAGUGUUGACAAUAUUCAUCGGAGGUAAUCAUGAGGCUUCUAAUUAUCUCCAAGAACUUCCUUAUGGAGGAUGGGUAGCUCCCAAUAUUUAUUAUAUGGGAUACGCAGGGGUGCUAAAUGUCGGCGGAAUCAGAAUUGCUGGCAUUUCUGGAAUUUUCAAGGCUCAGGAUCUGCUCGCUGGACAUUUCGAGCAACCACCUUAUAAUGGUUCAACUAUUAGGAGUGUAUAUCAUAUUAGAAACCUAGAAGUCUUUAGGUUGAAACAGUUAAGCGGAAAUAUAGAUAUAUUUUUAUCCCAUGAUUGGCCUUGUGGAAUUACUAAGUAUGGCAACGAGAAAAAAUUACUGAGGUUUAAAAAAUACUUUCAAGAAGACGUCGAGAACAACGCUCUAGGCAGCCCACCAGGAAUGGAGCUCCUGAAGCAUCACUACCCGUCAUACUGGUUUGCAGCUCAUCUUCACUGUAAAUUUGCAGCCCUGGUCCCAAAUGAGAAUCGCGAUAAAGUAACAAAAUUUUUGGCUCUAGAUAAGUGUCUGCCAAAACGUAAAUUCUUACAAAUUUUAGACAUACCCCACGAUGAGACUCAAUCGUUGUCCCUGUCGUAUGACAUAGAGUGGCUCUCUGUUUUGUUCUUGACAAAUUAUCUGCUUAGUGUUAAAAACACAACCACUUACAUGCCAGGACCCGGUGGAGCCGGUCGUUGGAAUUUCACUCCAACUGAAGCGGAGAAAAAUAUUGUGUUGGAAAAAUUUAAUGACGAUUUAAAAGUACCUUUGAACUUUGAAAGAGAAAAUGAAUUGUCUUGGAGAAGUAAAAAUUUACCUGUUAAUAAUCAAACUAAAUUAUUUUGCGAAAAAUUGGGAAUUGAUGAUCCCAGUGAGCUUAUAAAACUUCAGCAAAGUAGAAAUUAA